CAUAGAUUAUACUCUUAAUAUGUUUGAGGGAAAUUCAUUAAAAAGCUGAAAUAGGUACAGUAUUAAGAAUAAUGCUAUCGUUAAAUGCUUAGUGUUAUAAUUAUAAAGAUAUAAUGGAUAACUGCGACUCUACACCAACUCAGGGUGCAAAACCUUCAUAUGAUCCUGGUUGGAAUGACCCUCCCAAACUCUCUUAUAAUGGACAGCAAACAACGCCGAAUAGACCACGAAACUUUUUGAAUAAAAGAGUUGCAUUCCCUCUAUCAAAUACUCCUUCAAGCACCCCUGCCCCUCAGCCUGUGAACUUACCUCCAAUGCCCACAUUAAUUCCACCUGUGCCACCGAUACAAAGUAUGCGUCAGCCUACACAAAAUGAAGAGAUUGAAAUUGACAGCAAUAACACUCUCAAGGAAGUUAAACAUAUUUUAUUAGAAUUUUUGGAAAGUAGUUCUGAGCUGGGACCAAAAGGGAAUGAUAUCAAAAGACGAAUAAGUGUAAUGGAGGAUAUGUGGAUUAAUGGAAAAUUAAAUAAAAGCAUACAUAUACAGAUGAAGGAAUUGGCUUAUGCGAUCAGAGAUGACCAGCCAAACAAAGCAGAUGAGAUUCACAGGGCUUUGAUGGUGGACCAUGUGAGCGGAGUUGGAAGUUGGAUGCCAGGCAUCAAACAGCUUAUUCAUCAUUGUGUAGCAAAAUCAGAAUUAUUAGCAUUUGAUAAGGAAUGAUUCAAUUAUCUAUCUGACAUUUCAUCUUCACUCUUCUAAACUUAUAAAGCAAAUAAAAAAAUAUUUUUCAAGUGAGCAUGCAUAAAAUGCUAUCUGUAUUUUGAUAAUAUCCUGAAAUGUAUUCAAUAUUGAUAAUUAAUUCAUUGAAGUACAUUAUUAUGUUAGAAAAAAUUGUAUACACAUUUUUUUGUCUGUGAUAAUUAUAAUCGCCAGAUGAUUAUUUAAAUUUAAUUUUGAUAAUUGCAUGCUAGUCCAUUGUUUAUUAAUAAUUAAUAUUAAUGAAAUAAAUAUAUUUCAUAAGCGACAGUAUGUGAUUAGUUUUAUAUUAAGCAAUAUCGUUUUACACAAUAUUAAGUUACUGUACGUGUAAUAUGAAUCAUAAUAAA